UGCUUACAAAAUAACCUUGGCCAUUAAAUCAAAUAUCCUUUUGACCUUAUUUUUUUUCUUCAAAUUUAUUUAUGCAUGAUAUGAACUCUCAAAUUCAUUUGAUAUGCAGGUCUGUGAAGUGCUUUUAUUUUUUCGCACACAGAAGUUAGGGUGCCCUCAUAAUAGUGCACUCCUCAGCAAAUUCGCAGUUGCAGGGAGAGAAGUAGAGCUGAUAUGGCCAGCAACAGCAAUGGAAAUGAUAAGACAUCGAGGUUCAGCUGCCAAACAAGAGCCUCGACAAUGGAGUGGUUGGAGGCCAUCGCCAGUAUUUUGACAAAAUAUCAAUUUUUAUGGAGCGCUCAUGUCGUAGACUUUUUCCAGGGGAGACUUUGGGAAGCUGUUGAUAAAGAUUGGAUGGACUGUCUCAAGCAAGAGAGUGUACAGAAUUUAUUGCACCUGCCUUCGGGAUUAAUACAGGACAACUGGCCAGCUUCGUUAAAGGAGCUUAUUCGUUCUGCAGAGUCUCUUGCUUUUCCUCGAAAUGCAAGGACAAGCUUACAAAUGCACUUUCCUGGUUUGUCCAUACCUUAUAUUGGUAAUGUUUUGGCUCAAGGCAUGAAUUCUAAGAAGAGACAUGAGGUUGAAGUCCUCGCUUCAGUUAUUCAAAGGAUUGCAAUUGAAGCUGGAGCACAUUGCAUAAUUGAUGUGGGAUCUGGCCAAGGUCAUCUUGCACAAGUUCUAUCAUUUGAAUAUCAAUUUCCGGUAAUAGCUUUGGAUGCUUCUCUUCACCAUGCAACUGUUACAAAUGAACGGACAGAACGAAUUAAGAGGCACUACCAAGCUAGGAUGCGAAAUUCACAUCUAGAUCAUCAUCAUCUACAUGUGCCUCAAACAGUCACCUCACAGGUUCUUUGCAGUGAAUCAUUAGUGAGUUUGAGCAAAGCACUAGGCUCAUCUUUGUCUACAGAAACAAACAGUUAUGGGGAAAAAUCUGCGAUUGAUGAUGAGACAAAUGAGUUUAAAGGUACAUCUUCACUAAAAGAUUUUGCAGCAAGAGAGAGCGCAGAUACUUUUCCAUACAAUAUGAAUGGAGUGGAGUCCUCGUUAGUUCUUUCUGGGCUUCAUGCUUGUGGGGAUCUUUCAGUGACAAUGCUUAGAGCAUUUUUGGAAUCCGAAGAGGUGAAAGCACUUAUUAGCAUUGGUUGCUGUUACAAUUUGUUAUCAGAACAAGGUGAUGAUAACGAACUUCAUUGUCAUGGCUUUCCAAUGAGUAAGGGCGUUGCAAACUUAGGCAUACAUUUGGGAAGGAAUGGACGUGAUCUUGCAUGUCAGAGUGCAGCAAGAUGGAAAAGCCUUACUGUUGAUGAUGCACUAAAGAAUUUUGAAGUACAUGCUCUGAGAUCUGCAUUUCAAAUGGUUCUUAAGAAAUAUUAUCCUGAAGUAUUAGAAUCAAAUCCAUCUGUUGGUCGACUAGGGAAAGCUCGACGACGCAAAAAAAGAAAAGAUGCCUUUAUACAGGCACCAUUUACAGAAAAUGUGGCCAAGUCUUCUUCACUUGUUGAUAGUGAAGUACCAUGCCUUAGAACAGGAUGGAGUGAAAAGUCCAUAUCCAAAAAGAUUUUUGCCCCAGUGAUUAGCAAUGAGUUGAUGCUCAAACAUGCUGGUAAGUCAGCAGAAUUGGUGUCAUCUUUUGAGGCUUUGAAAAUUGAAAUCCCAAAGGAAAAUACUUGCGAGAAUGAUAAGGCUAUAGUGAGUGAUUUGGGGGAGUCUUCACAUGGAACUUGCACAGCUUCCUCAGCCCAUCUAAGAUGUAAUAUGAACUGUGCAAAGACUUCAGAUUUGAACAAAGUCGAUAAAUCAAUUAUGUUCAAAGAGUACAGUACUUGUGCACUGGAAAGACUUGGCCUUCCACCUGUCCCUGUUGAAGAGGUUCACAAGAUAUGGAGGGACCUGGAAGAUAAUAUGGGUCUCAUUGGACCAUAUUGGUCUCUUCGAGCAGUUUUUGGACCUUUGUUGGAGACAUUUUUGCUUCUUGAUAGAUUGCUUUAUCUUCAUGAACAUAAUGUGAGAGAGGUAAUAAUGUUGCCUCUAUUUGAUCCUUCUUUGUCACCUCGAAACAUAGCUAUUAUAGCUAAGAAAUUGUAAGAUCAACCUAAUAAAAUAUUGGAUCAUCUAGCUAAUAUUAUGUUUGUUUUGAAUUCAUCAUGUUGAAAUUCCAUUGUAUUUUCGGUUAAUUCAUAUAUAUGGCCUUUCUUA